CUCCAGAAGAUGCUGUCAUGAAGAUGGAGCCGAAGACUUCGAGCGUGUUUAGAAUUGUGUUCCUUGGUGGACCCGGGGUGGGGAAAACCUCCAUUAUUCAACGAUGUGUCUACAAUGAAUUUAAAGAAAAGUCUUCUCCGACUGUAGAAGACAUGUAUUUCUACAAAUUAAAUCUUCCAGAUGGCCAAUGCGGACGAUUUGAAGUCGUGGAUACAUCGGGAUUACUGGAAUUUUCCGCCAUGAUUGACUUGAGAAUAAGCCAGGCCCAAGCGUUGGUGGUAGUAUAUGCAAUUAACAACGAAAGGUCAUUUCUACUCGCCAAGAGUUUGUGUGAAAGAAUUCGACAAAUAAAAGGAAGGGAUUUUCAGCAUAUCUUGCUUGUUGGAAAUAAAUUGGACCGAACAGAUAGAAAAGUUUCCACGGUUUCGGCUUGUCGGUUUGUUGGCUGGCAGCCGAAGUGCCUGCUGGUGGAAUCAAGCGCCAGAUACGACCUUAACAUCAAAGCUAUCUUUAACAUUCUUUUAGACAGUUUAUCAACAUGUGAUGCGGAUGCUCAGAUUAACCGAGAAAUCACCUAGAGUAGGAAAUGACGCGUUUGGUUAACUAGAUAACUUUAUUCGUCGUGUCAUUUUAAAUACGCAAUUAUUAAUAACAUGUACAUGAGUUAUUAAACAUGUAUACAGGUAAAAUUGCAGCACGUGUUGGACAUGUGUUGCAAUUUUACUUGUAUACCUGUGCAUAAAUUUCUGGCGACGUUGUAAAUUUGAAUGGCUAAUUUUUUUUUCUUGUUCUUUCUUUUGGAAAAAUUUGUCAAAUAAGAAGAAAUUGUUAUAAUUGUUCAAAAUGGGAUUCCGACACAGCAGAAUAAAAUUAACACAUGGUUACCCUCUGAA